CUCACCUUUUACGGAGUUCGGUGUAUUGCCGAAAGAUAAGCAAUGCGUGAACGCACGUAGAAGUGACGCGUUAAUUUUUCCUUUGGACAAGUCUGUGUUGGUAUUUUUUUUUUUUUUUUUUUCAACUCCUAUGGUUCAACAUUUUUUGUUAUUAUUCUUCAAGUGCGGGUUAAAACAUUAAAGUUACAAUGUUUGGCGACAAAAAUAAAUCCACCUCCAACAAUGUGGCAUAUUACCACUCUUACAAGUACCAGUCCUUGGAUCUUUUACACCGCAUUGAAAAAAUGCAUGGCAUUAAGAGAGUAGUUGUUUUUUGCAUGCUCACAAUGGUACUUCCAACGAUGCUGCUUAUAAUACCGUUGUACUUGAAAAACAGUGUCUACGCUGAUGUUCAGUUUGCCGUGACUGAAUCGGAUAUCGUGGAGAUCACUGAUGGCAUUUCGCCGAUAUUUUGUUCUGCGCAUCAUUUGAAAAUGAACGAAACUUUUAAUGCAUUUCAAGUGUCUAGAAGACCAGAAAAGACUUCGUACAAGAAACACAUAAGACUGAAAAAAAGUAUGACCCUACCGGAUGAUACUCUCGAGUAUUGGGGCUUCUAUCUGUUGAAGGGCGCAAAAGUGGUACUGUCGGUUUGUUCAAGGUUCGAAGGUGCAUCCAUUCUCGUGGUCAAGGGAGAAAGGAAUUUACGAACUUGCGGUAUGUUGGAUCACAAUAAAAACAAAGCAAGGGCUUCAGGAGUAUUUAUCCCCGAAGCUAAGCAACAGGUGAAAGUUACUUUUGAGUCCAAUGCCCAAGAAAUUAAUUCUAAGGAGCAAAUUUCGAGGAAAGCAGAAUCUCAUAAGAAUCGCUUGAAACAAACGUCGAAGAAAACCCAAGGAACCGAUGCGAACAGGACUGUAUCAUCAAUGGCAAAUACGAAUUCAUCCGUGAACUCAAGUAGCGCGGAAAAGGAAGAAAAUUCGUCGGAUGACAGCAAGGAAUUGGACGCUUUUUUCAAAACAUUCGAAGCAAACGUGACGAAAUACACAAACGACGAGUUAUCGCCAGGUUCGGAAAAUACGACAAAGUCGUCCGACAAAGCGAGGCAUCAGAAAAGCAAACAGUUGAAGCUGCAACCGGAAAAUGACGAUCCAAACGUGGAAUCGGUCAUUCAUCGGCAAAAGCACAGGAGGAACAAGGAGACUUUGAAAAAAAUCAAGGAACAAAUGAAACAGAACUUGGAAAGCAAGGACGGUGGUGAUUUGGAGGCGGAAAACGUUGGGAAAGAGGAGGACCCCGAAGCGGCUUACGCGAGGCAGAAGCGAAGCCAGGAGCCCAUAAAGCCCGAAUUGCUGGAUAGAGGCAUCAGGCACGGCGGUAACGCGCAGAAUUUCGCUGACGACGAUUCCUCGAUAUCGAGCUUCGAAAAUGGCUUGCUGCAGUGCUACGAAGGCAACGUUCUUCUGGCUCACGAGUUCAAUUCGUCGAGGGAGUGCAUGGACGUGAAUUACUUGCUGGACGGGAAUCAGCACACCCAAGCGAAUCACAAUAUUACCGAGGACGGGUACUUCUACUAUAUAUUUUACAGUGACAAUGACAUAGUAUCGAACGAUAUUCACGCGGUCUUUGAUAUUUACAAGCCUACUUUGCAGUACGAAAACGUCACCAAAGCUUGCAUCAAUAAGACGGAGUGUAUUUUUCCCUUGCCGAUCACUUCGAUGGACAGAGUUAUCGUCGAGGUGCCCACGAGAGAUGGAAUUGAUCACGAAAUCGAUGACAUAUCGGUUCUCGUCUCCGUAUGCGUGCCGCGUAUGGGCGUUUACGCUAUUUUCCCAAUCUCGGUGAUGUUUCUCAUACUGGGUUGUGCUUUCAUGUGAAUUAACAUGUGUCAGACUGGGAAUUUGUACCGAAUACAUUAAAUGCGGACUCUCGAGCAAUGUGUGAAAUCCUACGGUUAAACUAUGUGUAUAGUAUGAACA